UUUAAUGUUGUCAGGUGUGUUCAGUGCCCCACGGCGGCGCCGUGCGCUCGCUCGGCGGGCGUCAAGUGCGGCCUACAAGAUGGCAAGCCAAUGGAUGGCAAGCAAGAGCAGCCGUGCCCAUGUCGUUCCUGCUGCUGCGGCAAGUCGCCACUGGUUAAAACGUGUUACAAGCAACCAAAGAUACCGGAUUCGUAUGCCCCGCGCCGAUGCUACAUGAAACCGUCCGCCCCUAUAGAGUCAUGCACCACGUACAAGCUCUCGUAUCUCCCCGUUGACGGAUGCAAGAACCUACGAGGAGAGCCAAGGAAACCGCCUCCGAACCUCGUGCCAAGCUGUGAGCCCAUGGAGUCCAGUACUGUGCAGAAGCUGUCCUUUCUAGCCAAUCCAGUGUGCGUAACGCAGCCCAUCCGUCCCUGCCACCACGACAUGUGGGGUCAGGGACCGAUGCAGAACCUGACCACGCAGCGACACGACUACGUGCCGAAGCCGUGUGUACUGCGUGAAAACUUUAAACCAACCCCGAAGUUUCACAGCGUUGAUCAGCCCUUUGAAAACCGCACUGUGAACAAACUAUCGUAUUUGGCCCCCGAAAGGAUUGAGGUCGUGAAGUCGUUUGCCCCGCACCGCUGUUACGAGCGACCCGCUGCUAAAAUGGACGGCUGUACAACGCAUAAAAUGAGCUACAUGCCAAAUCAGAUUUUACCAAAGGAACCCUUACCUUGGGCAUGUAAAGGGCAGUACCAGAAGCCUUGCCAGAAAUUAGAGCAGAAUACUACUUACACGAUGAGUUUCCUAGAUUCAAAGAACGACUGUCGACGACAGCCUAUUAUGCCUUCGAGCUGUAAUAAUCCUGUCACAGUAUCUAAGAGAUUUGAAACGCAGACAAUAUAUAAAAACAGCUUUCUACCAGCCUCAGCACCCAUUCCGGUGCCAGUGAAACCUGUGCCAAACCUUGUCCCGUCCACAGCUCAAAUGGAAGGUGAUACCGUGCACAAGCUGUCCUUUCUAGCCAAUCCAGUGUGCGUAACGCAACCCAUCCGUCCCUGCCACCACGACAUGUGGGGCCAGGGGCCGAUGCAGAACCUGACCACGCAGCGACACGACUAUGUGCCCAAGCCCACCGCGAUAAGAGAGUCAUUUAAACCGCCACAUAAGUUCCACAAUGUUGAACAGCCUUUCGAAAAUCGCACUGUAAACCGAAUGUCAUACCUCGACCCUGGUCGCCAAAGUCUACCAGAGUCCUAUGCACCUAACAGGUGUUACGAGAAACCCGCAGCUAAAAUGGAAAGCGACACGAUCCACAAGAUGUCAUUCCAGCCGGUCUGCGCCCCAGCGCCGCAGCGGCCACCCUGGGCUUGUAAGGGCCAAUACCAGAAACCCUGUCAAAAGUUGGAAGGCACGACAGUCUACCGCUCUUCCUUCCUACCUCCCGGUGAAGACUGCACCGAAUAUAUGGACCCUUGCUCGUACGGCGAUUGUAAACCUUGCGAUUGCGUCUGUCCAUCUACGUGCAUAGCGACAGAUCCCUGUGCCUGCACGUUCCCCAAAGCAGAGUGUUGCGGUUAACCAUGUCAUUAUCACAUUGGGAGUUCGAAAUUCAAGUGAUAAGUAAAAACAAGAUGGCGUCGUAGCACGACGCGAUAGCUACGACGCGUAAUCUGUGGAUUAUUAAGAUACUACUACGGGACUGCUGACAACGAGGUGUAGAUAAUGACCAUUGAGUAAGCAAAGAAGGAGGACCUUUUAUAACUACGAAAAGAGCGUGCUCAUCUUAAGUAUUAAGUCUAUAUCAAAAUGGCGACGUACACUAGUGUAUUCCAUUGUUGCAAUUUGCAUAUGGUUAUAUAAAACGUCAUAAACAAGGUAACUUUGAAAUUGACAUAAUUUCCAUCAAAGACUAAUCAGGCCUGUCUCCGUACUUAAUUGGCCAGAACCAUCUGUUGUACGCAAAAUCGCUGGUUCCCGGCUGGGUUACUCCAGCCAUCUGAACUCUUUCCAGAAGAUAAGGCGCCCAGAUCGGUAAGUGCUUCAGGUAGAAAUGCUGAGUUGCCAAAGUUUGCUGAGCGGUUUUCUACUGCAGCGUUGAAAUAACGUCUUAUUUAGGUAGGUACUCUAGAAAUCAUAUGAUCAGGAAUGAUGGAUACUUUAAUGGCGAAUGGGCACACUCAAGCUAUGUGACUAUAGUACAUUCGGGCCGCUUCUUUGUAUUUCUUAUUUAUUUUAAUUAAUCAACAAAACUGAAGCGUCGAACUGAAACGUGUCAAAGCACCAAAAGAAUAUAUGAAUUCCUAUUUCACACAACUUUCCCGCAUAUCAGAAUUUCAGUACGGUUUUGAUAAAAGCCGAUUAGUUAUAGUCAUAUUUAUCUACCUACAACGCUUUUUUUCAUGAUUUUUGAGCUGACUUGUAAAACUUGAUAUUUAAGAAUUUAUUAAUAUUCGAUUUGCCUGUUUAUUAGUGAUAUUUCGUAAAUCUAUUUUAUUCACA